AUGGCGAAGAAUAGCGGAGACGAUAUCGUACCGAAGUGGAAUGGAGAUCUCACCGCGGUGGAUGGCUACGAAAGAGAUGUGAAGGACGUCGACUGGGACCGCAUCGAAAAGGACGAUGGCGCUACCGAGUUGCUCAGACACGUUCGACAGAAGCUGGGUGCUCAACCCAUCCAGGACGCAGAGAAGUAUCUUGCCAGAUGGAUCUUUGAUCUACGACGGGACACCGGGGAACCGAUGCCGAGCUACAUCAGCAGAGACGAUGAGGCCUAUCAUGAUGUGGUCAAGGGGUUCGACACCGAGUAUUUCAAGAAGCAGCGCACUGCCCGACUCUCGGAGAGAGCCAAGGAGUGGAACAACCUCUACGGAGAGCUCAACUGGUUCCUGUACAAGAUCGAGCAGGAGGGCCUGGAGGACGCUGCAGAAAAGGCCAAGGAGCUGAACACUUCGCUCUGGAGAUUCGUCAAGACGGGUCUUGAGGAGAUCCCAGAGCAUCCCGACUUCGGGGCGGAUUUCAACCAGGAAGCCCACGGCGAGGGGCACGAUGACUACAGCUACUACGAAGAGCACGAGUCCGAGGCGACCUACGACGGCCAGGGCGACGAGGAGGAUGAGGGAGACCCCGAGGAGCCGCUGUACAGUACCCAAGAGAUCGCCGAAGCCGAGACCGCUUUCGCCGCCCAGCAGAGAAGCUUCGAGGAGGGCCCCGGGCUGGAUCCAGAGGCUCAGGGUCAUCUAAGGGACGAGGCCGCGGGAGCGGACAGCGACGUGACGGGCCACCCCGACGAGCAGGAGAUCGCUCCCAAGGAUGCCGAGAUGAAAGCUAACCUCAUCGCGAACGAGAUGUCCAGGCUGCGGUUGGAUGCGUCCCUUGCCAACAAGCCAGUGAUCAAGAAUCGGCCGAAGACCGCCAACCAGAAGAAGCCGCUGGACAACAAUUCCUACAUGCCGAUCGAGAGGGCCAUCGAGUUGCGAGAGCGAGUCCAGCACGAGAAGCUACCGAUCUGGUCUACCCUGGAGAAGGCCGAGGACUGGAUUCUCAUGAGUGUCAAGCAGAGCUCCUCCAAGGGUUUCGGCAUUCUCGACAUCGGCGCGACCUCCGGCAUCAUGGGCAUAGAG